AUGGCUCAUCUUCGAGACCGUAGGCACCGCCAACAACAAAACCAUUUAGACAACACUGAUCCUGCACAUGAUCAGAAAAAUGUUAAUAUCAACGAGAGCGCUAGCAUAAAUCAUGUAACUUCUUCUGAUCAUCAAGAAGCUUUAUAUGAACAAAACGAUCAACAAUCGCAUCCGUCUAAUUCUAUUGACGUUGAUCAUCCAGCUGAUAUAAAUAAUGAUGCUUCUCAAAAUAUUACUGCUUCUGUUAAUAAGCAUGACGUUCAUCCAAGAUUUCGUUAUGGGGAACAAAACGGUAGAAAUACUGAAACAGAAUCUUCGCUAUUAACAACAACAACAACAACUACUACUACUACUGUUCCUUCAAAUUCAAAUACAUUAUCAGAUCUAUCUCUUCUAUCAGAUAGCAAAAGUGUUAUAGAUACAACAAAAUCGUGGAGUCUUCUUCAAAUAUUUACAAAAGAAAUUACGAAUAAUAGUUCUUCUAUUCCCGAACGUGUACCAUUUGCUGAUUAUUAUUAUCAACAACAAUUACGAGCAUUUUUUGGACAUCGUCACGGAAAAUUUGCUCCUCGUACUCGUUCAUAUGUUAAAACAGGAUUGAAACGAUAG